AUGUCUCAACAAAAGCCAUCCCUUCGCUGGGGAAUCAUUGGAACCGGCCUCAUCUCGUCAUGGUUCGUCGAGGAUCUCUCCCUCCAGCGGGAUAACGCCCGGGCAACACACCAUAUCCAGGCUAUUGGAUCAUCUUCAGUCGAAAAGGGCACAAAGUUCGUCGAGACCAAUCUUCCAAACCAAACUCCUGCUCCUACCGUGUAUGGUAGCUACGAGCAGACAUACAAGGAUCCCAAUGUCGACAUCAUCUACAUCGGAACUCCUCAUGCUUUUCACAAACAAAACUGCCUUGACGCCAUCGCUCAGGGCAAGCAUGUUCUUUGCGAAAAGGCUUUUACCCUCAAUGCUAGAGACGCUAGGGAAGUCUUUGAGGCUGCCAAGCAAAAGGGCGUGUUUGUCAUGGAAGCCAUGUGGACACGCUUCUUCCCGCUGGUCAAGACCCUUCAAAAGCUCGUCCACGAAGAAAAGGUCAUUGGCGAUGUCGUACGCGUGUUUUGCGACUUUGCCAUGAACAUGCACCUCGAAUCUCUGGGUCCUGAAUCACGACUUAAGAACCCUGCCCUUGGAGCCGGAAGCUUGCUAGAUAUUGGCAUAUACAGUUUGACAUGGGGUCUUGUGAGUCUCGACCCUGGAGUUGGUGAGAAGGCGCAGACACCAAAGAUUGCGGCGGCUCAAACACUGGUUGACGGCGUCGACUAUGCAUCUUCAAUCAUUCUGCUGUAUCCAGAUGGAAAGCAGGGAAUUCUCACGUCCAACGUAUCAGUCAAGACUCCCACUGGCUUCUGCCGCAUUGAAGGAACUGGCGGCUACAUUAUCGUCGAGGGUCCGGCAGGCUCUGUACCUGUUUCAUUCACAGUGUAUAAGAACGAAGACACCGAAGGAAAGAAGUAUGAGUUUGAGCGACCGGGCAAGGGCUUCUACUGGGAGGCUGAUUCUGUGGCGGUUGAUAUUGCGGCGGGAAGGACUGAGAGCCAAACCAUGCCUUGGGCCGAGACGGUUCGUGUUCUUGAGAUUUUGGAUGAAGUGAGGAGGCAGGGCGGUGCCAAGUUUCCCCAGGAUUAG